AUGGCGUCUCCAGGGGUGAUUGACGACUCGAUCGUGCCCGAUGGCCAGGACGACAGCACCCUGGUGGUCAAGCCGGAGGACCAGUACGGGAACAGCGACAGCAACAGCAACAGCGACGCCGAAAAGGGACAGGUAGUCCAAGACCCGGACCCCCUCGACUGGGACAACGAUCCUCAUAACCCGUACAACUGGCCUGCGUGGAAGAAGGCCCUGACGAUAUUCACCCUGGCCACCAUGGGCCUCACGAUAUCAAUAGCAACGUCCAUCUCCAGCUCCUCCGUCAAUCUCCUCGAGCUGGAAUUCGGCGUCAGCCGCACCGUCGCCCUGCUCCCCCUGACGCUCUACGUCGUCGCCCUCGGCAUCGGCCCCGUUCUCGGCGGGCCUCUCUCUGAGACCAUCGGCCGGUACCCCGUCAUCAUGGGCGGCAUGACGAUUGGCGCGCUGUUUACGCUCGGAGCGGGCUUUGUGCACAACUUUGGGGCGCUCUGCUUCUUGCGCUUUCUCACGGGCUUCUUCUGGGCUCCCGUGCUGGCGAAUGCGCCUGGGUCGCUGUCGGAGACGUUUAUGCCCAAGUCUAGGGGUCCUGUGAGCGCCCUUUUUAUCCUCACUCCUUUCUUGGGGCCAGGCUUAGGCCCCGUUAUCGGCUCCUUUGUCUCUGUCGAAAAGGGCUGGCGCUGGACCGAGUGGACAAUGCUCUUCUUCUCCGCCCUCAGCAUCGGCCUCGGCUGCACCAUCGGCGAGACGUUCCACCCCAUCCUCAAGCGCCGCCUGGCCAAGAAGCGCGGCAUCGAGCUCCCUCCCCUGCCGCCCAUGAGCCAGCGAGUCAAGACGUUUGCCGUUGUUGCGGCCAUUCGACCCGUCAAGAUGCUCUUCACAGAACCGAUCGUCUCCUUCAUCUGUCUCUACGUGGCCAUUGACUUUGGGACGCUCUUCAGCUUCUUCGGCGGCGUUCCGUAUACUUUUGGCACCGUGUAUCAUUUCACCACGGAGCAGUCCGGCCUGGUCUUCAUUUCCAUCGUCAUUGGCUGUGUCAUUGGCCUCGCCACCAUCAUGGCCUGCGAAAUCCUGCUCUAUCGGAAGCAGAUCCCCAAGUAUCCGCCUCACAGGGUUCCUCCCGAGCACAGGCUGUAUCCCGCCAUGUUUGGCAGCUUCGGGCUGCCCCUCGGGCUGUUUUGGUUUGCGUGGACGGCGCGGGAGGAUGUUUCUUGGGCGAGCCCUGCGGCGGCCAUUAUCCCGUUUGCUUGGGGCAAUUUUUUGGCGAGAUAUGGUUUUGCGGGCGUGUUUCCCCUGUUUACAAUUCAAAUGUAUACCACCUUGGGCAUUCACUGGGCCAGCAGUCUGUUGGGCUUCAUUGCUCUGGCAUUGAUACCUAUCCCCUGGGUCCUGUUCAAGUUUGGGCCUAGGAUCAGGGCCAAGAGCAAGUUUGAGACGCACAAGUACGAGUAG